AUGACCGAAACCCUCGGGGUCGUGGCAAGCGGUGUCGCCAUCGCGCAACUAGCCGCCUUUGCCGGAGGAGCGGUCGUGAAGCUGAAGCAGCUCUGGGAUGACGUGAGGGAUGUUCCCGAGAACAUUGACCUCCUCAUGCAACAACUCGACUGCCUUGAUCCAGCCCUUUGGGAGUUUGAACAAACAGUCGGCCAGAGAGACCUGCCACCUGAAAUCUGGAAUGAUAUGGCAGCGAGGCGGAGCGCGGAAUUCUGCCGCAAGGCGCUAGGGAAGUUGGAAGAUUUAGCGGUCGACCUGUCCACCCAAAUCAAUUCAUCUCGACGUUCACAUAGAAAGCUCGCAUGUGCGAAGGCGAUUCUGAAGAAGGAUCAACUGAAGAGACUCGAGAAGCAGCUGGAGACUGCUGUUGGAAUGUUACAGCUUGCCCAGCAAGGCUAUAUCAUUUCACAGCGAACCAAGUCGAAUCUGCGCUGGAAAGGCUCGUCAACCACUGGGUCGUUCGGUUUCGAGAGGAACUCUCGGAGUUUUUGGGGCGGCUUUCGGCCGCCAUGGUGGCUUAGAGGUGUGCUGUAUGCCUUGGAACUUCGUGUCGGCAUGUCCUAUGGAGGCUGGAAAUUUUCCCUGCGCGGUUACUCAAUGAGGCCUUCGGACUCCCCCGUAUUUCGAGCGGCAGUCUCUGGGGAUGCGGAGACUCUCCAAGCGAUGUUCCAGGCAGGCGAGGCGUCGCCGUACGAUUGUGACGAGUUUGGGACUUCACUGCUAAUGGUUCAGGUCGAGCGGCCGUUCUGA